AUAAACAAAUGUGACACUACUUAAUAUUUAGCGAAGGUACAAGAUGUUGCGUUUCAGCUUAAUUUGUCUGUUACCAUUGGUUUUAGCCUCUGGUCAGUGGCAGAAGAUAUCCUUAGAGGAUCCUGGUUUAAAAAAGGCUGUUGAAUCCGGUGUAAGAUUGCUUUCACAACGAUCCAAUUCUCUUUAUCAUUCGAAACUCAUUGAAAUUCAUGAAGCAGAAAGGCAGGUUGUAGCUGGAUAUAAUUACAGAGUCAAGGUGAGUGUUGGUUAUACUCAUUGCAAGAAAUCUCAAGUGAAAUAUGAAGAUCUUGAUAAGUGUGACUUCUUAGAAGGACCGCAUAAAAUUUGCACUCUGGUUAUCUAUCACAAUUUGAAAAAUGAGCAUAAACUUACUAGUUUUGACUGCAAUACUGAUCCAGGAGUUAAGCCUCCACCUCAAAAUGCUCACCAACUGCAUGCUGAGCAAUUGCUUUUUGAAGACUUCAUUGCCAGGCAUGGCAAAGAAUACCAGGAUGAAGAUGAAAAACAAGCUAGAUUCGAGGUCUUUCGACUGAAUUUAAAGAAGAUAAAAUUUUUAAAUGAUCAUGAACGGGGAACUGCAAGAUAUGGAACUACCAAGUUUGCUGAUUGGACAGAGGAGGAAUUCAAAAAGAAGGCUCUUGGUUUGAGACCAGAUUUGAUGGAAUCAAAUGAUAUCAUCCCCAAGGCUGAAAUUCCCAAAGUGCCACUUCCAGAUUCAUUUGAUUGGAGAGACAAGAAAAUUGUCACUGAAGUCAAAGAUCAAGGACAAUGUGGAUCAUGCUGGGCAUUUUCCACAACUGGAAAUAUUGAAGGACAGUGGGCAUUGAAAGGAAAGGGUCUGGUAUCUCUCUCAGAACAAGAACUUGUUGAUUGCGAUAAAGUUGAUAAAGGCUGUGAAGGUGGUUUGCAGACAAAUGCCUAUAAAGAAAUCAUAAGACUAGGUGGACUUGAAGGGGAAUCUGAUUAUCCUUAUGAUGGCAAAGAUGAUAAAUGUUCAUUUAAGAAAUCAGCUGUUAAGGUCUACAUUAAUAGCUCUCUUACAAUUUCUACCAAUGAAACAGAAAUGCAACAGUGGUUGGUUAAGAAUGGACCCAUUGCAAUUGGAAUUAAUGCUAAUGCUAUGCAAUUCUAUUAUGGUGGCAUCUCCCAUCCCUGGAAGUUCUUGUGUGAUCCUGGUAACUUGGAUCAUGGUGUCCUAAUUGUUGGCUAUGGUGUGCACACAUACCCAAUUUUCAAGAAAACUCUUCCUUUCUGGAUCAUCAAAAACAGCUGGGGUGCUAGUUGGGGUGAACAGGGUUAUUACCGAGUCUACCGUGGCGAUGGAACUUGUGGUUUGAAUCUGAUGACAUCAUCUGCUAUUGUGGAUUGAGACUGUGAUUUUUAGAAUGAUUUUUACUUUUUUACGAUGUAAAUCUAGACAUUUUAAUUGUAGGAGCUAGUGAAGAAAUCUGUUUAUAAUAUGAUCUUCCGUGACGAAUUUUAGCAUUAAAUGUUGUUUUUCUUUAA